AUGGUCGAGUCGCCGGGAUUGAGAGGGGUGGUCGACGCCAAGAGGAGUGCAGAUCGGUUGCAGUAUUUGGGCAAGAAGCGCGUGGUGGAGUUCGUCAGGGUGUUCACCGACAUCUCCAGCUGUGAGAGCGUGGUAGCAGAGAUGGGGCUGAUGUUCCGGUUCAUAAUUAGGAAUGAGUGGAGCGCAGAGGAGGAAGAGCAGCUGCUGCGGGCGGAGAACAGCACUCACGUGGACUUCCUUUGCUUCGGCGUGGAUGAGGCAAUGUUCAAUGCCAGCCGCAAGGCGUGA